AUGGAAAAGAGUAUUUAUAUAUUGGUAUUUAAUAAUAGUGUAUUAUCAAAGAUAAUAUUCAAAUAUGUUAAUAAUAUUUCAAGUUUAAACGGAAGAAAGCAUUUCAGUUGGAAUGAAGUUGUUAGAAUUCCACAUGUUCUUGUAGCUCAUAACUACUCUGAACAGCUUAAGCAAUGUAUGUCUAGUAAUACGAAAAUAGAUAGAGCACCUACACUUAAGCUUGCAAUCAGGUUUGGUAGUACCGAAAUGCUUUCUUAUCUUAUCAAUCGAUUAAAACUCGAUCUAAAUUCCUAUCAGUCAUGGAGUACCUCGCAAUCUUAUUUCGGUUUUGGUGAUAUGUCCGACCACUUCCCAGAGCAUUGCGAUACGAUCAAUAGUAUAUUGUGUUACGCUUCACAACAUGGAAGAAUGGAUAUUGUUCAGUAUCUCGUUGCAAAAUACACUCGAUACCAGUGGAAUUACUAUCGUGCAAUGGUGAUGGCACCGCUCUCUGACAGCCUAGAGAUGUUGAAAUACUUUACCGAGAAACAUAACAAUACACCGAAUGAGCGGUUCGAUAACUAUGAGUUUAUCAGUACGGUGUUUGAGACUGCUGCAUUCAUGGGUAGAAUAGAUAUGUUUGAAUAUCUACUGACCGAGCGAGAAAAGGAUUUGAAAAAAAGUAAAGUUGUUUGUAGAGUUGCAGUCAAUGGUGGACAUCUACAGUUGGUCGAAUAUCUAUUGAAGAAUCACAGAGAUUUGGUGGAGAAAGAAUCGAGUGAACUUUCUAAUAUAUUGCAAGCAAAAAGAAUUGCUCUGAUAUCUUUCGCCUCUUGUUUAGCAAUGGUAUUCAAACGUUUACAGUUGGUGUAA